AUGGACUCCUUUCUCUUUCUCUUGCUUUUUCUCGGUACUCCAACUCUCUACCUUGCUUACGGCGCCCUCCAAUCCCGGCUGAAGGCACGCAAAUACAGGAUGCCGCCUCGUGUCCCCGGAAUCCCGGUGUUUGGCAACACGUUUCAAGUCCCUCUGGUGCAGCAGGGGCCGUGGGGAAAGGAACUUGCUGAAAAAUAUGGAGAGAUGUUUACUUGCAGUUUCGGCGGCAACACCUGGGUCUUUUUGAACUCGUCACGCGUGGUUAAUGAUCUCUUGGAGCGCAGAGCUGCUAUUUACUGCUCCCGCCCCCCGUUUCCCAUGACGCAGAGUAUCAUGUCAGGGGAUUCGCGCAUUGUGCUCAUGCCAUACAACGACCGAUGGCGCGCGGUCCGCAAAAUCAUGCACAACAUCCUUGCGGGUAGAUCACAGGACACCUUCAAGCCGUACCAAAACCUCGAAUCUCGCCACCUGCUCUACGAUUACCUCCACCACCCAGACAAGUGGUAUAUCGCCAAUGGCCGUUUUUCAAACUCGGUUAUCAUGUCUGUCGUUUUUGGGACUCGUACGGAUCUGGACUCGGAGCAAACCCGCGAGCUCUUCGAGACAAUUGAGCUCUUCUUGGAGAAUCAGCAGCCGGGUGUGAAUAUCGUGGACGGAUUCAAUAUCCUCGACAAACUCCCCAAACACCUGCAAUGGUGGCGCCCGCGAGGCGAGAAAAUCUUUCAGAAGACGAGAAAAGUGUACAAGAGAGAGCUCGAUGCGGUUCACGCUCGCAUCAAAGCUGGGACGCAAAAACCAUGCUUUGCUGUAGAUUUCUUGAAGCAGCAGGAAGGAGAGACCAAAUUCUCGGAAACGCAGCAGCUCUUCCUUCUCGGGACGCUCAUGGAAGCUGGCUCAGAUACGUCCCGUGUCAGUCUCGGGCAGAUCAUCGCAGGUGCAGCAACAUACCCAGAUUGGCCUGCGAAAGCGCGCGCUCAACUAGAUGCCAUUUGCGGCGUUAACGCUGAACGCCUCCCGGCAUGGGACGAUCGGGAUGCUCUUCCGUAUGUUACCGCCGUUGUGAAGGAGGGCUUUCGCUGGCGCCCGAAUAUUGCUGAGAUUGGAGCACCAACGUCGCUCAUCCGUGAUGACGAAUAUGAAGGCUAUCGUUUCCCCGCUGGGACUAUUUUCACCUGGAAUGCGUGGGCUAUAGCACUCAGCGAGAAAGAAUAUGAGCAGCCGGAGCGCUUCUUGCCAGAGCGGUUUAUGGACGAGCAUCUCAACAACGCAUUGAAAGGCCACUGGGCAUUCGGCCCUGGUCGACGAGUAUGCGUCGGCUGGAAAGUUGGCGAAAUGAACGUUUGGAUCGCAAUUGCACGGCUGUUGUAUUGCUUUGAAUUUGAAGAAGACAAGGAUCACCCCAUCGACACCAUGACGAUUCCCCAAAUAACGAAGAAUGCGGCGCCGUUUGCUGUGAAGGUGAAGGUCAGAAGUGAGAAACACGCUGCGUUGAUUGAGCGGGACUGUCUUGAGGCCGUAAACACCAGAUACUAGUACUACUCGCAUAUCAUUUCCCCCAGAAACACGGCUCGCCUGUUACCUUGUGUCUCAUUUCCUCGCUAUGCCUACGAUUCUUAGCGAAUUAGUAGUUUCCACCUAUCCCAAGUAAUCAGCAGCCCGGCAUGAAUAACAACAGACACUGCCCUUACAUGUAUCAUACGAAGCUGAGCCUCUGACAAUGCUUUGUGAUCCUAUCCCGUUCCUACUCUUCUAAAGACGCGAAAGGACCAUGCGGAAAAUGAAUUGACAUAAUCCAUUGAACCUAAGCGGAGCAAAUUUGG